AUGACUGACAUAGACCUCGGAGGUUCAUCUCAAACCUUCUUCCAGGCAUUCCGCGCCACAAGCGAAAGAGAACACAUCCUCAUCCCAGCCGUCCAGCAUCCGAUUACCAAAGACUUCUAUGUCCUCUGGAGCGACAUCACCGAUUGUUUCCCAGGGAUGAUCAGGGUUCAGUACCAUAAUGUAUAUGUCCCCAAGCUGCGAGGCGAUGAUCUCUACAGGAUCAAACCGUUCGGGAUCAGAUACCAUGCUGAGCUCGUGCUGGAUAUCGUCUACGGGAAUAAGCCCUUGCCGCCGGUCAACAAGAAGAGCAACAAUAGCAGGAGCACCACCGGCAAGCUUGAAGAUCAUCCUGCUUGGCCAAAGUCUAAUCAGAAUGUGCCUGUGGAGGCGACACCUAGCCAGGAUGUGGUUGCGGCUACGAAUGGAGAUGCACGAGGAAAGACCGGCAAGGGAGGUGGAGGUGGUCCUACUGGAGGAGAGGUGCAGACAGGAGACGCGGAGCAGGAAAUCAACCUUGAGGAGGCUGGGUAUGAGUAUUCCGAUUUUACUGAGUAUUCAGACAAUUAUUCGGAUUAUUCGGACGAGUUUGAGUCUGAGGAAGAAGAGGAAGAGGAGACACCAAAAUCCAUCCGAGAGUUGCCAGCCGAUCAUGCCCCUCGAGAGAAACCCCUGAGAGUGGAGUCCUUAGUGAGGCAUCGCACUAGGGACAUCUUCAAGGCCCGAUAUACCUGGACUGAGCUGCGGGGUCACUCGAGGCUGUUUUGUUUCCUCCCAAUCCUGGAGGAAGACGUCCCCUCAGGGGAAAACGAGGCACCCCAGGCACCAUUAACAACUAAGACCACAAUGGAGAUAUACCAAAACACCGGGUUCGAGUUAUAUUUCCUCUGCGACUGUGGCGGCAUUCCAGGAGCUAAGGAGCACGCUGGCCCUCACUGGAUCGACAAAAACGGCAAACAGAAACACAGCAUGCCGUCAGCCGAGGAUCUCAGCCAACAACAAAUCCGAAAAAUUCUUCCUCUCGUGGGUGAAUACGUGAUGGGAGUCCUCGAGAUGCUAAAGUAUGGUGUCUUCCUCGACAAGAUGCCCCUCUCCGGACAUGAGCAUCUCUCGCGGGCGAUCAAGUACCUCGAGUCGAAGGGGUUUAGGUCGAGCGCGAGUCUCCUGGCCGAUAUGAACUCGAAAUCCGAUGGUGGCGUUGUGACUAGGGCAGUUCUGGAUGAAGUGGAGCCAAUCACGGUACUGGAUGAGAAGGUCUUUGCUUCACUCCAGAGCGUGCUUGUUCGAGGACCCUACGACGACUAUGCAUCGCUGUACCCAUUCAAGACCUCGGCGGGCGAUGUUCGGUGGAUGUGCGGGCGUCAUUGGUACAAUAUGUGGCCGGACAAGGAGAUGUAUGCGAGCGCCUUCGCGUUCCGCAAGGACCCCAUGUCCUCCGAGGGCUGGUACGAUUCCCUCUUUGGAGUUUGGAGCUCACGGAUCAAGAGUAUGAAUAGAGCGAGGGAGUACUUCAAGAUGGCGGAGAAGAUGGCCUGGAAUCCCGUGUUCACAGUCUGGCUGGAUUGGGAUUUGUCGCUGGAGCAGGAGGAGGAACUUGCCCAGGCGGUCAGUCGACUCUCAGCGGCGGCGGUCCAUAUUAUUGUUCGGCCCAGAGAAGGAACUCAGGAAGAAAUCAACGCGGGAUUCUCUUGCGGCUAUUUGCGACUGGUGGCUGCAGCAGUACGGCAACUGGAUAUCGGGACAUUCACCCUGACGAGACAGGAAGACAAGGCCGAUUACGACUUUGAGAGCACCGAUACGCCGUCCAUGCUCAAGAUGUACGGCCCCCUGUCCCGAGAUUAUAUUGCAUUGGUGGAGCGCGCAGUAAAAGGCGGCAAGAUGAAGGCGACAUUGAUGCCAUCUAGUGUGGACACUGCGAUUCAAACCGUACGCCGACACGCCACAGGAAUUCACCAUUUUGCGGAGCUUCGUUUCGGACUCGCCUCACACCUCUUUGCAGACAAUCUCACCAUCAAGGUCGCAGAGUCCAUUAAGGACGCAAGAGAAGGACGCAGCGCCGAGGAAGACACGGACUUUUUCAGUGGCGACGCGCAAUCGCUAUUCCACAAGCGGCGAGGAUGGGACGAGUUUAGCAUCGUGUCUGGAAGCCAAUGCGACCGUGGAGACUUCUUUAUGGGCUUCCUGAACGAGGCGCGUUUCGAGGUGUCCUUCGAGCGGGAUAGGGAGUUCAUCCGGAAUCUGCUCACGGUCAAUACGGGACUCAGGCUCCUCGUUUUGGGAUCCAAGGAGUUUGAUUAUGACCCGAGUGAAGUCUUUGAGGCCUAUAAGGAAGAAUUGGCCGACCACCUCAACCUCGACAUCCUUACGGUUCAACCAGGAUUGUUCGUCGGCAGGAAGUCAACCUUUACAUGGAGGAGUCUCCAGGAACCGGACACGUUGGGCAUUGAUAUCGUUUGUGACCAAGCGGAUCGUGCCGGCAUGAUGAUCCAGCGGUAUGGGUUUUUGAUUGACAGACUCGAGUUGGAGGGACUCAGUUUGGAGGAUGCCGCGGCUAUGGAUAAGGCGACGCGACGAAAGAAGAGGCCGCUUGCCCUCAGGUACCUUUCCAUCAAGGAUAUCCAUCUGAUGGAACCUGCUGUCCGAAUUAUUCUUCGGGAGAUGAUUGCCAAGGGAGCCAUUAAAGAAGUGGUGGUCCAAGGGUCGGUCUUCCACCAAGCGGCUCCAUCACAGCCUGGAGAUGGUGGUGGAAAGAAGGAGGUGCCGAUCACCCCGGCCAAGUUGGAGGCGAACGUCAAGAUCUGGUGCGACUUUUUGGUGGCGAUCCGAUCCAAAGUUACUGAGCUGUCUGUGCAGGACGACCCCCAGAGACGAUUCCUCCGAGCGAUGGAGUUGCAGCCGGUCUUAUUACCCGAGAUGCCACGGUUAGGAACUUUCCAUCUCACCUGCGCAACACCUGCUGGUUCAAGCAUUUUUGACAGACCUUGGUUGGAGACGUUGCUCGAGUUCAAGGGUCCAGUACCGAAGGAUAUCGACCUGCCUGACAAGGAUCCCGCAAGAAUACAAGCGACGGGGAUCUUUACAGAGAGGAGCAAGAUGACGGACUUCCGGGCGAUCACCGAUUUCAGUCUAAGCGAGGUCGUGAUGGAGCCAGAGGAUUGGAAAGGCCUGCUUCGUUAUAUGGACUUUUCGCAGAUGGUUAAGUUUGAGGUCCGGCAGACGAACGCCUUGUCAAGAGAGACGUUGUUGGAGAUUGCCGAGUCGGUGCCGAAGGAUAGUGCGGUGUUGAAGCACUUUGUUGUGAGCGACGGCACCGUUGUUAACGACGAGACGGCGAUUGCUCUGGAGGAGAAGGUUGGACCCAAGAUUGUCCACACUGAAGGCGGCGCACUCAUCAGCCUCAACGGUUUCAAUGUCUAG